UUAUAGUUUAAAAAUAUGUUUUCUGAAGAAUUUAAUAAUAAUAAAAAAAAUAAUGAUUGCGACGAAGAAAAUUUGGAUUGCGAAAAUACAGCAGAUUCUGAUAUGACUGAAGGUCACUUUGAAAGUAUUUUCGUUAAUUGUGACGUAGAAAAUACUGGAUACGUAUGUGUGUCGACAUUAUUAAAAUUCAUGGAGCCUUUUUUACAGGAAAAUUUGGAUGAAUUAGAGAAAAUAAAAUCAUUAUUGGAUCCAAUUGGAAUUGAUCCAAAAAUCGAUAAAAAGAAAUUUUGUUCAGAAAUGUGUAAGUGGACGGAACAUAAAAAAUUGGAGGAAUCCACUUCUCCACAAAGUACACCGAGAUUAAGUACUAGUAGUAGGACUUCACCACUCAGUAAAUUUUUACAAUGCAGUUUUGAACAGAACUUGAAUACGACGUAUAGUUGUGGUAGUACACCAUCACCUUUAACACAUCAUUAUUUUGAAAGGAGCCUUGAAAUACAAGAAGAAAUUGAUAAUUUAAAACAACAAAAUCGUAAACUCAACGAUGAUUUACAAGAUUUACAAUCGCAGUUGCUUUUAUCAGAAGAGUGCAACAUUAACUUACAAGCUGAUUUUUCAAGAAUUACGAAACGAUUAGAAGUAGAACAACAAUUGAAUCAAAAUUUACAAAAAUUUCAACUUGAAUGUGAAGAGCUGCGAGAAUCUGAAAUAUCUUUAAAACGGGACAUGGAGCGUUUAAUCAACAACAACAAUACUUUAAAAUGUGAAAAUAAUCAACUAAAACAAAAUUUUGAAGAAUUACAAGACGAGAAAAUACAAUUGUGUGAAGAAAUAGAACUGUAUCGUACGAAAAAUAAUGAGAAUAAUCGUUUACUAUUUGAAGCUCGAUAUAAAAUUGAUGAGCUUAGAGAACAAUUAAGUUUGAAAGAAGAUAGUUUGAAAGCCGUUGAAGAUAAUUUUAACACUUUCGAGGAAAAAAUUAAAGAUUAUGAAAAUACCAUAGCUUUUUUGCGAGCAGAAAAAGAAAAAUGCAAGAAUACAUCAAAAUCAGAGAAGAGUUUCAAGGAAAACAUCGAUCAUACUCAGAAUAUUCGAUACAUUGACUCAAAUAUGAACAUUGACCAGAACAAUGCAACGAUAAACACUUCAUAUCCAUACCCUAUUCAAGAUGAAAUUGUACGAGACAUGCCAUCUACCAAAACACUGUAUUCUAUGGUUUUCGACCCAAAAGUACUACAAAAUAAUUCAUUAUUAAAUGAACUGAAAGAAGUAACAAGUAAUGACCAUGUAGUGAAAUAUCAAGAAGAAAUAGCCAAAUUCAAAUCGUAUUUAGAAGAAACUUCAACUUAUUUAAAAAAUUUGACCCGUAAAAUAUGCAGUCAAUCGACAUCAAUAGAAAAUAUUUUUGUUGGCUGGGAAGAAGAUAAAAGUACUGUACCAUUAAAAAAGGAGAGAUAUUAUGAGAAUCAUUACUACAAUUUUAAUCGAAAUUUAAGCCGUUGUAUAUUCUUACUAAUGAACAGAGAUAAAAUAACCAAAGAAAUAUCUCAUAAAUCAACUCAAAUGAGUCCGGAUUCUUUACGAGAUGGAAAAAGCUACGAAAGAACACUGUCAUCACUUCCACCAACCCAUACUAUAACUCUACAACCUUCAAAACUGUCUCAUCAUCAUUCAAACUUCAAUCAACAUCACAGUGCACCACCUACACCAAAAUUAAGAUCAAAAUUUGGAUAUCGAUCUCAAAGUCCCGAAAUUUCGGGUGGUUUUGCUGGAUACAACGAAAAACAGACUAUGGCAGAACCUUGUUCGUUUGAAACACCAAAACUAGAUGUUCAACUAAAUAAAGCAAUUAUUGAAAUGAAUAAUAAUGUUUCACCAGAUAGUCCAGCUGCAUUAGUCUACCCAACAGUACCUACAGUAUCCAUAAAUCGAAAUAAUCAAAAUAAAAAUGAAAAUAACGUAAUUCCUUCAUCUAGUCACAUGGAGUCAAAAGUGGAGAGUACAACCUCUAAUGAAGUGAGUGGUAAUAACGUAUAUGUUCCUGACACGCCUGAGAUUCAUGUGCCUGAGAUUCGUCAUGAAAAUUGGUCAAAUAUAAUGAGACGAUUUUCGAAUAUGUCGAUAAGUGCUUCCAGCACAAAUAGUGGAUCUACAGAAUCACUUAGUAUCGAUAAUGAACACACUCUUAAUGGAGAAGAUAGGCAUCAAUUAAAAAUUGCCUUAGAUAUGGCAAUUGCAAAUAGAAACAGUGAGCACCCACAGAGUCUCCAAGCAACGCCAGCAACUGAUAACGAAAAAAUUACAACAGAUGCUCUCCGACGGAGAAGUAAAUCAGAAAGAUCACAUGAAGAACCUGAACAAAUAGAAUCAUUUCCAAGUAUUCCAGAUACUUUACUAGAAGAUUUAAAUUUAUUAACAAAACCUGAGGAGGAAUCAAAAGAAGAUUUAUGCGAGCAAGAUGAAAUAGAAAGAAAAUUUAUGGCGUUAUCGCUUGCGUUUAUGACCGAUGGCACAACAUUAACCACUCGAAGAGAGCGAUUACAAAAGUUCCGGGAUCAAGCAGAAAAAAAUUUAUUAAGUGAAGUAGAACAGUUAAUGGCAGCCAUUCAUAAACUUAAUCCAUUAUGCAUAGAUGCUGAACGAACAGAACUAGUCACAAGUCUUAUAACACAAGUUGAUGUUUUAAAAAAAGCAGCCAAACAAUCAUGGAAUAUGUCUCAAUGUUUUGGAGCCGUGCAGCAAGAAUGGCGUCUAAAUGAAUCCGUAAAAUUAAUGCUAAAAUACGUAGAAAGUGUAAAGUUGCAGCGAGACACAGCCCGAAGACACUUUCAAUAUACAAGGAGAAUGUUACAAGAAACAACGAGUGCCGAAACUCCAAAAACAUCAACUCAACCAAAGACUGUCUUAUCAAAUAGUAGUAAUAGUUCUAGUAAUAGUAAUAAUAGUAGACUUAUGACCCGUAGACGCGCAAGUAUAGCAACAAUAUCUCGACCAGCAACACCUACAGAAACGCUACGUACUCUAGCAAAUAGACGACCCUCACCAUCACAUACAGAUCCAAUUGUACGUCGAUUAGAACUACCCGAACGAUUGAGUCCUGCAAUAAUUAGGUCUACGCGUCAAAGUAGAGCUGAAUUGGGUGUAGGAGUCGAACAGCUACAAAAUAUACGUGAAAAUAUGGAAGCAGAAAGUUCAGAUGUUUCAGACUAUGAAUGCAGUGAAGUAUCGAGUAAAACAACAAAUAGAUUAAAUAAUACAGAAAAUUCUCAGAUAAAUGACACAUGCGCACCAAAUCCAUAUGCCUUAAUGGUAUGUAAUUUCUUUCGCCGUUAUUGUGGUGACAGUUUACAUUCAAGUGGAUUACUUCAUGAAAUAUGUGUAACAGGUGCUUUAGUUUUCUUUUUCAUAGCAGCUAUGCAAUUAGGUUCGGUGUUAUUGGAGGUUGAAUAUGCACGACGCGGCGUAUCUGUAAAUCAUAUACCAUGGUCGUGGGCUAAUUGGGAUGAAGUAUUACAAGUAUUGUUUAAUUGGAAUUCAUCGAACGAUAAUGGACCAAGGCCAUAUUAAAAGUUAAAUUAUAUAUUUAAAUUAUAA